AUGCAGCAGUGGCAGGUCGGCCCCGUGCCGGAGUACGUCUACUCCAACUCCACUCACCAGCCCAACGACAUGCACAACCAUCCUUACCAGGCCGACAUGGCCCGUCGCGGUGAGCGCAUGGAGUUCCCCUACGGCGCCCCCCAGCCCAACAUGGGGGCUCAACAGCAGCAUCACCCUACGCCCGUCCAGCCGCCCAUGAAUGUUCCGCAGCAGCCUCCCAAUGCGCAGGCCGGCAGUCAACAGCAGACGCCGACCCAGACGCCGGCGCAGCCAACUCGCCAGCGGAAACGCCCGGCCCCCAACGCGGCCCAGUCCCCCGCAACUGGGGCCCCUCCCGCUCCGGUUACCCCGAGCCAAGUCCAGCCUCCGGCGCCGACGCCUCCCGCUCCUCAAUCUGCGCCUCCGGGCCAGGCCCAGGUUCCGUCUGAGGACGCCAACGUCACCCCGGCUUCACAGCCGCCAGCCAAGAAGAGCAGGACCAACACGCCUUGGACUCCUCAGGAGGAGCUGCGUCUCAAGCAGAUGCGAGACGCUGGCAACAGCUGGGCCGAGAUUGCCAAGACUUUUCCCACAAGAACAGAAGGCUCUGUCAAGAAGCACUGGUACAAGGAUAUGCAUUACGCCGAGUUUGCCGAGGAUGAGAGCCAGGCUUUGUUGAACGCAAUCAAGGAGUACGAGAACAAUAAGUGGAAGGUCAUUGGCCAAAAGGUCGGCAAGCCAGCCAAGGCUUGCGAGCAAUAUGCGAAAGAGCAUUUCCCAGAUCUCUUCGGCAGCACUAAGGGGAGGUAG